AGCGCCGUCAGCACGGGAAAGAACGCAAUCUGUGGCCAUUUCAGUGCUCCAACCCUUAAUGCCAUCAUCACCCCCGUGUAGUGACAGUGACGACAUAUCAAAGUGCAGUGCACGAUGCCUGAGUGAACUGGCCAACCCGAAUGAAGAUAUCGAAUCUGGCGGAUUUUAAAAGUGACACGGUCCGGAGGUGGGUCGAGUCGAACCCGUCACCCACCCUCCAGAACAACAACCUCGACACUCCGAAAUCCGCCAAGAACAACAACAUCAACAACAACACAAUCGAAUUCUGGCACCGGCAGAAGGAAGACAUGCCGAUGUUGCUCCACCAGCCGCCCUCGCACGUCCUCCUCUCCGGCCACGAGACCGACCAGCCGCUCGACUUCACCAUGUCCAAGUUCAAAACAAAGGCUGCGACGACGGUGGCCUCCCAGCUUAAGCAGUUCAACAAUUUCGCCGCGCAACAGCACAUGAUGCUCAACGGGGUGUACUUCAACAGGAACAACAACAAAAGUUUCACGCGCGGGAGCAGUCCGUCGAGUAGCUCCGAAGAAGAGGGAGUCGGGCCGCCGACGGAGUCCCCCAGGUCCCUGCCGCCGAGCCCCGCGCCCCGCACCGACGAGAUUGCAAAUUCUCCGGUGACACCAUCAGGGGAGAAGCAAUAUGGUAAAUUAUGGCUGAACGAUCCUGAAAUGACUUGGCGGCAGGAAAUGCAAGUACCUUCGAGCGAGGAGUCCAAAGUCGCGCUCCAGACCAGACUGGGCCUCUCGCCAAGUGAGCAGCGCUCUAUAACGAGGAUGGACAAGACGCCGUCGACGCCGCCUUCCAACGACGACGGUGACGUUAACGGCGACAUCAGCGGGGACGAGCACAGCUUCACCAGCGAACGCCCAGGUGAACACAAUGACGAGAACUCGAUGGACUCGGACAGGGGCGGCGCCCUAAAUCUGGUGACUAGCGAGUCCGAGCAGCCUCGAGCAUCCUCCCCCAACUCCCAGGUGACGAGUUCGAGUCCUGGGGUGAACGCCGCGUUGGCAGCCCUCGGUGGCUUCAGCUACCACUUGGGAGUGUUGGGGAGUCUGCAAGCUUUUCAAAGUCCGCAAGGCCUCCAACAACUCCAACAGCUGGCGAUGUUGCAACAGGCCAGCGCCGCCAGCGGAAACCCACAAGCGCAAUUCUUUUUACAAAACCAGGUUCAACAAAUCGCUCAAGCGGCCCAACAACUGCAACAACUCCAAAAAGCUCAACAACAAAAUUCCAAUCAACACAACACGAGUAUCCCAUCCAAUACGCAAUUACCCCAAACACAAACCACCCCACCGAAUAAUUCGCACAUACCGGCCAGUCUACUUACUCCAAGCACCCCCAGUUCGGGGGGGUUAACCCCCCAACAUUUAAAAACGCCCUCCAGACUCCUCGAACCAUCGCCGGAGGAAACCACCGACUUAGAAGAACUUGAACAGUUUGCCAAAACGUUCAAGCAGAGACGAAUCAAAUUAGGAUUUACCCAAGGCGACGUUGGUUUAGCUAUGGGCAAACUCUACGGAAACGACUUCUCUCAAACGACGAUAUCAAGGUUCGAAGCCUUGAACUUAAGUUUUAAAAACAUGUGCAAGUUGAAACCUCUUCUACAAAAGUGGCUAGAAGACGCUGAUAGUACUUUAACAAACCCGGGCGCUCUUAGUAACCCCAUGACCACCCCCGAGACCAUCGGAAGACGACGCAAGAAGCGGACUUCAAUCGAGACAAGUGUUCGGGUGGCUUUGGAGAAGGCCUUCGUCCAAAACCCCAAACCUACAAGUGAGGAAAUAUCGAUGUUGGCGGACGGACUUUGCAUGGAGAAGGAAGUGGUGAGAGUGUGGUUUUGCAACCGGCGGCAGAAGGAGAAGAGGAUAAACCCACCGGCGGCGGCGAUGGGCUCCCCGUGCAGUGCCGGCAACCCCAACGGGGCCAUGUUUGCCAUCGCGAAUUCUUUGGCGAACAGCCCCUUGUCGCUAGUGACGACCAACGCUCACAACAACUUCAACCCCAACGUGAUGGUCAAGCAGGAAUGACCCCACGUUAACUUCUUCGCCGAUCACUACAUGGAGUGAUCGGUGCGUUUGUUGUGCAAUUGGUGGACGUGCGCCAAAGACUAAGGAACAUUUCCAAUUGAAGAUAUCCGGUUUUUUAUACUGAAACUUCGUAAGGCAUCUCGCGUCAGUAUUCUCGGUAUACAAGCAUUAGAUGUCAUUGGAUCUCGGUCAGAAAUCAUAAUCAUGCAUGUUACAUUUAAAUAUUUUGAUCGUAGUGAUUAUUUAUUGUAUUAAUUUUUUAGUUAAAGCACCAGUGUCGUCAUCACAUUACUAACAGUCUUCCAGUUGGAUAACGAGUUCCUAAGUAGGUUAGUUAAUUAAACACCACGGAAUUAACGUCUUUUGACUGUAUCAUUUAUUUAUGCCAAAAAUACUUACGUCUAGGGGUAGCUAGUUUCGUCUCCGUUUUAUAUUUUAAUGUAUAAAUUGUUUAUUAUUGCUUAAUCACUGUACAUAGGAGAUCAUUUUAUUAUUUUUCCACUCAGUCAAGUCACUAGAAAACUAAGGUCCCGUUUGGAUGGAUUUUUCUUGACUAAACCUUGGAUGAAUGGAGGAUACGAUAAUAAUAUAACUGUUGAAAACCUGGCGGUUGACAUUCAUUGUUAAGCAGGGUCUCAUAAUUAUAUAAUUGAAUGGAUGUCACCCGACGGUUGUGUACAAUUGUUGUAGAUAGAUAUAUGUUAUACGGUAAAUAUACAAGUAUUUUAGACUUAGUUCUUUGUUUAGUAUUUAGUGUAUAUGAAUUUUAUUAUCUACUCUUUAUGUAUGUCAAUGUAUAUAAUCGAAUUUAGUGGUUCUUUUUAUGAGUGAGGACCAAUCUAGAAAUGUUGAAAAGUUCCUACAAUUUGAAAUUAAGCGAUUGUUGAUAUUACUGAUAUAUUGUUUCUAUGCGUUAUAUCAUCAACGAUGUAAUUGUUUCUAACAAUUUUAUGUUUAUUUUUAUUUUCUACAAACAUUAGACUGACAUACACAGAUUUUUGUUUUUAGACCUGACAUUGUUGAAACAUUUUUGCGAAUAGGGUCCCCCUUCACUGUUUUGUAAUUAUUAUUUUUUGCACACAUAUAUUUACUUCGAUAAUUUUGGAAUAUGUUAUUUAUCAGUCUCAGGUGAAUAUCUUAUCAUACUUAACAUAUUCCAAAAACCUUAAUUUUUACACAAGUAGCAACAAUCAUCCCCUUGUGUAAAAAUUAAACUUUAUUAUAUAUUCGUUUGUCGUACUUGUGGAAAAUAAGUGUAUAGCGAUGAGACAAAACAAUGCAAAAUGUUCACAGACUUUUUUUACAUAAUUGCACAUAUCGUACAAGACGUAGUUUUACUGUACAGUCAUUUUAACGUCUGUGGACAUUUUCGAACAAUCUACGUCAUAUCAAUGUGUAAAUUUUAGCAUUUAUUCGCAGAAAUUUAAACAGAAAUGUUAUAAAUUGUAAAAAACUUAAAAUCUACAGUAUUUGAUGAUUAAGUGGCAUUAUGUUUGAAUAUUUAUAACAUUCCAUAGGCUUAGAUCCAGUAGGUAUAUGUGUGUACUUAGCGUAAAUGUCUCAUAGAAAAUGCAACCAGUGAUAACAUCAAAAGUGCACGAAACAAAGAGUUGCAUUGAUUGAAUUUAUAUUAUUUUGUGCAUCGUGUGGUCUUAAUAUAAAUUCAAUUUCAACAAAUUUGUAAUAAGUUAGUGAAACAAUAUCGAAAGUGUAUAAGACCCUAUUCUGACGUGUAAUAUACUAUGGUGGUCUAGGCAAUAACAUGUACAUUAUUUUCAUUAAAGAAAAGGAUUCGUA